GGACGUCAGGUGUCAGCUGACUGAACGGCCGCCGCCAAGACUCAACCCUGGUGCUGUCACUGUUGCUGCUGCCGCUGCCACCGCCGCCGCCACCGCCGCCGCCACCGCCAUGGCUCAGUACAAGGGCGCCGCGAGCGAGGCCGGCCGCGCCAUGCACCUGAUGAAGAAACGGGAGAAGCAGCGCGAGCAGAUGGAGCAAAUGAAGCAGCGGAUCGCGGAGGAGAACAUCAUGAAAUCCAACAUUGACAAGAAGUUCUCUGCACACUAUGAUGCCGUGGAGGCAGAGCUAAAGUCUAGCACUGUGGGCCUCGUGACGCUGAACGACAUGAAGGCCAAGCAGGAGGCGCUGGUGAAGGAGCGGGAGAAGCAGCUGGCCAAGAAGGAGCAGUCGAAGGAGCUGCAGCUGAAGCUGGAGAAGCUGCGGGAGAAGGAGCGCAAGAAGGAGGCCAAGCGGAAGAUCUCGAGCCUGUCCUUCACACUGGAGGAAGAAGAGGAGGGAGGAGAGGAGGAGGAAGAGGUCGCUAUGGAUGAGGAAGAGCUGGAAAGGGAAGAGGUUACCACAAAGAAAAGAAAGUUAGGGAAGAACCCCGAUGUGGACACGAGCUUCUUGCCUGACCGAGACCGAGAGGAGGAGGAGAACCGGCUGCGGGAGGAGCUGCGGCAGGAGUGGGAAGCCAAGCAAGAGAAGAUCAAGAGUGAGGAGAUUGAGAUCACCUUCAGCUACUGGGAUGGCUCUGGGCACCGGCGGACGGUCAAGAUGAAGAAGGGCAACACCAUGCAGCAGUUCUUGCAGAAGGCACUCGAGAUCCUGCGCAAGGACUUCAGCGAGCUCAGGUCGGCAGGGGUGGAGCAGCUCAUGUACAUCAAGGAAGACUUAAUCAUCCCCCACCAUCACAGCUUCUAUGACUUCAUUGUGACCAAGGCACGUGGGAAGAGCGGCCCACUGUUCAACUUUGAUGUUCAUGAUGACGUACGGCUGCUGAGCGAUGCCACCGUGGAGAAGGAUGAGUCCCAUGCCGGCAAGGUGGUGCUGCGCAGCUGGUACGAGAAGAACAAGCACAUCUUCCCGGCCAGCCGCUGGGAGCCCUACGACCCGGAGAAGAAGUGGGACAAGUACACGAUCCGGUGAGCCAGGGGGUGACGUGGCCUCCAUGUCUCCGCAUGUCCUGGUCCCCGGCGGCGCCGGUCUGUCCUUAUUGCUUUCUUGCUCAACCAUAGAGAAGUGCACACGGCAGUGCCGGAGGCCCACGGUGUGAGGAAGUGUGUUUAAUAAAGUCAGUUUGCUUUCAAAUCAA